AUGGAUGACGAUUUCCAACUCUUCACUUCCCUCCGCUAUGACCCAGCCCUGCUGCAAGUUUCGGCCAGCAAGCUCAACUACGCUGGCUGGAACUGGGCUAAUCCGUCUCCCCUUUACAUGCUCGACUAUCACAGGGAUCGCAUGCUCCGAGCAGCCACCCAUUGGGGCUGGAAUGCCGCUGUGAAGGUUCUCGAAGGGGAUGCCGGCCUGAAACAAUUAGUAGAACUUGCCGAAAGCAACAUCGGGGGGAAUCAACAGUCUGCAUUGAGAGUAAAGAUAGCCAUUGCGAGGGAUGGCGAGCUAUCCAUAACCACCGGCCCGGUCCCGGAAACGACCCUUGCAAACCUCUUCCCGGAAAACCUCCCUCCCCCAGAAGGGACAGAGCAUAAAGACACAGAUCAAACCAUGCCAUCCAAGCUCACGGGCUAUGAAAUUUUGGUCGAUACUCCGAUCACGACUCGCUCCGAGCACACUCACUUUAAGACAACCAAGCGAGUGGCUUAUGACGGGGCACGGCAGCGGGCACAGAUCAACCUCCCCGACAAGAAAGAAGUUCUCAUUAUCAAUGAAGCUGAUGGUGCCGUCAUGGAAGGCUCCAUGACGACGCCCUACUUCUGGAGGGAUGGAAGGUGGGCAACACCAGCCGUGAGCAAGGAGUACAGCUUGAAGGAUGGAAGUGGUGGUCAAAGCGGUACAACAAGGAGAUGGGCGCUAGAGAGGAUGGAGGAAGCGCUCUACCAGACCCAUGCCGAAUUGCGGAAGAGGAUGGCUCUCCACAAAGUCAAGGCGAUCCCAAACAGCAACUACAAACGCCACGGCACCAAAUCCUAUGUCUCGGUGCUGAACCGGUUCGGUUUCCAACCCACACAGCCUGGUCCUUACUACCAGAAGUUCAUCAAAUCCGACGACGCCCCACCCAGCGCUGCGCCGGGAGUCAGGCCAGGCCAUAUAUGGUGCGGCCUCUUCAAGAGAGUCAAGGAUGAGAAAGAGGCCGGGGAAGUCACUGCCGAGGACCAACAGAAUGAUGCCGAAUAUCUUUGUGAGGUCACGAUUGGCACCGGCGUUGGCCGUGAGGUGCAGAAGGUCAUGUUGGAUUUUGACACCGGCUCUGCCGACCUUUGGGUUAGCCACAAGAAGUUUGAUCACAAGAAGUCGUCGUCAUUCGAGCUUGCCGAGGGAAAGACCUGGAAGGUCCAGUACGGCGAUGGCAGCUCGGCCUCGGGCACCGUCGGUACCGAUGUUCUGGUGCUAGGCGGCAUCAUCAUUAAGCGGCAAGCUAUCGAGAUCGCGAACGAGAUGUCGGCGCAGUUUAGCGAGGGCACCAUGGAUGGCAUCCUCGGCCUCGCGUUCUACAAUAUCAACACGGUCCAGUUGAACGGCGAGCCGGAUCCCCAGCUCACCCCCGUCGACAACAUGAUCGUCCAGGAAGACAUUCCCACAGAGGCAGAGCUGUUCACGUCGGCCAUGUACAGCAACCGAGCCGAGGACCGGCGGUCCUUCUUCACCUUCGGCUGGAUCGACGAGGAGCUUGUCAAGUCAUCUGGCGAGGAGAUUGCCUGGACCGGCAUUGACAAGUCGGCGGGCUUCUGGAUGUUCUCCAGCGAGCACGCCAGCGUCAACGGCGAGCAAAUCUCGAUGGAGGGCAACAAGGCCAUCGGCGACACGGGCACCACCCUCGCCCUCGUCUCGGACGAUGUCUGCAGCGCCCUCUACUCCAGAAUCCCGGGCGCCGAGUACAACGAGGAGUACCAGGGCUGGACCAUCCCCCAAAGCAUCCCGGUUGACGAACUCCCCGACUUCAGCAUCGCCGUCGGCGAGAAGGAGUUUGGUAUCCAGAAGGAGGACUUGAUCUUCGCCCCGGCCAACAAGACAUUCUUCUACGGCGGCGUGCAGUCCCGCGGCGAGAACCCCUUCGACAUUCUCGGCCACACCUUUCUCCGGUCGAUCUACGCGAUUUGGGACCAGGGCAACAACCGCUUCGGUGCUGUCCGCAAGAUCGAACCAUUCGAGCGCCCUGUCAAGUAUGACCUGCAACCUUUGACGCCAGAGGAGCGCAAGAAGAUGGGGGUCAAGAAGGGCUAUGGGGACGUCUCUACGAUAGUGUUUCAGGAGAGGGAAUGA